GAAAGCCAAAGAUCCACAGCCCUGGGAGCCAGGCUCCAUGUUUGAAACAACAAGCUUCAGAUCAAACAUGAUUAGAGCUUGAGCACUGCACCUUGUGUAUGAGAUCAUUUCUGUGUGUGUGUGUGUGUGUGUGUGUGUGUGUGUGUGUGUGUGUGGGAGGGGUGCACCUUCACUUCACUGGCACCUGGUCCACAUCAAAUGUACCUCACACACUGCAAUCAACUGAUGCAUGUGAAUGAAUGAGCGCCAUCAGUCAUGUGCCAUUACACGAUCGCACCCCAACACACGAUCCAGCCACCGCUGCCUGUCGCCCGUGCGUAAUUGCAUUGCGCGCAACCUUCUUGUGAUUUUCUAAACCGCGAAGUAACACAAUGUUUCGUCACACAUGUGGAUCGGAGCCGCUCUGACACACCGCCAUCGGCGGCAGGGUUAGCCCCGGCGCUGCCUACCUGCCAAUUCGGGCAAUGUUGCCCAGUUUUCUGGUUGCGUGGAAACUAAAAGGCUGCACUGAGCGAGCCCCGAAGUGCAGGAGCAUUUCCAGCGGCGCGGUUGCCAGAGCGGCUCUCGGCACAAGUUUAACAAGCUGGAGUGAGGAAUUGACGGAAGCGAACCUAAAUAUUGACAAAAUCGUUUACUGGGCUGCGCAUCGAUCAGCUGGACCGUUGUUUCGCCCAGAAACGCGUCAUGGAAGCGGGGAGAGGAAGAGCGACUGAAACGUUCAACAAUUAUUGGGGAGGUUGAUGCAGACUACAACCACAAGCCCAGGCGGUCCUCCCUGGAGCAUGCCCGUGACCCACAAUGCCCCUACUUGCAGACUGGCUACUACGCCACUCAGUGGUCAUGUGUUUACUGUUGCAUAGUUUGGUGCUGAUGACCUUCUGCUUCCAUCAUGCCGCCACCAGUUGUUCCAAGAGCUGCUACUGCUCUGAGAGCGAGAGCGGCGGCAAGACAGUGCGCUGCAGCAACCUGCAGCUCACAGAGAUCCCGCAGGACAUACCCAACGACACAAGGCGUGUCUACCUGGACUACAACCUCUUCACCACGGUUCCUUCAAACGCGUUUGCAGGUUUACCCCACCUGGUUGAACUGGACCUAUCACACAAUGAGUUAACCCAGCUAGAACCAGGGGCAUUCAGAGGCCUGGGCUCCACACUACAGUUCCUAGACCUGUCCUCUAACAAGUUAGUGAACUUCAGCCCUGCGGCCUUUGAGGGCCUGCGAGCUCGCGCCAACCUCACAAACAAUCCAUGGCAUUGUGACUGCAAUUUGCAGAUGGCCAUGCCCCAUGUGGACCUGGAGCCUGCGUCACUGACGGGCAUUGUGUGCCAGACUUCUGAUCCUGAGGAAAUAGGAGUUCAAGGACUUGCCUUCCUGUUGGCACCGGACAUAGACCUGUGUGUGGUGAUGAAGAGGACUACAGACGUGGCCAUGCUGGUUGUCAUGUUUGGCUGGUUCACCAUGGUCAUCUCCUAUCUGGUCUACUAUGUCAGGGCUAAUCAGGAGGACGCACGCAGACACCUGGAGUAUCUCAAGUCAUUGCCCAGCAGACAGGGCAAGUCAGAGGAGUCUUCCACCAUCAGUACUGUAGUAUAGGACUGAUGGGGAUACACCUGCUAAGUCAGGCGGGAACGCAACAAAGUUCAACCUGCACCCGCACGAUCGUCAUCAGUGUCAGUUUUUCCCAGCUGUUGUCACGGAGCCAAGUUGGGCAGUAAAACAUGUGUCUGCACAAGAAAGCCCGGCAGAUGCAACCUGGCCCAGAUGAAUAAUUGAUUUUUCAGCAGCCCAUUAGGAGGAUUUUUGUUGGCUGAGUUAAUGGUCUAGUCCGUGGGAGUCUGAGGGAGUAAAAGCGGUGGCUCGUUUUUGGUGAACUCCAAAUAUGGGAUACAAAUGGGAUUUAUCCAGUGGUGCAUGCACCUUGAUGCUCCUCUUGCUCACGCGCAGCGGGACAAGGCAUCACUGCAAUGUCAGACACUGUGUGCAGCAGCUUUCACGGUAUUCACUAAUAUAGUACAAGAAAAAUUAUGUUUUCCAUUUUAAGUGUAGUUUAUUUGGGGGGCUUCUGUCACUUACCUCAGUCACUAAUGUUCAGCUUGCUCUGGCAGUGUGUUAGACGAACGUGUAAUGAGCAAGUCAUCAGAUAUUAUUGAUAGCAGCUAGCUAAUGUACUAGAGCUCAGUACUCAUCCACAUCUAAGCUGGCCUUGUAUGUUAACAGUAUUUGACAGGAAACCCCAGUGAGAUAACUAAAUGAUACUGACUAUACCAUACAGUUGGCCUUUAGAGAUCUUUCUGGUUGCUAAUGCUCAUAAACACACGCACCCUUUUCGUUUUGCCUUCUGAUAUGUUCGUCCAUGUCUUUCCGUUGCCACUGAAGGUUAGAGUCUAUAGGUUUGUCAAUAGGUUAGUAUGAAAAGUACCAAGACAUCAAGACACAUGAAAUGGAACGAGAGGAGGGAAAGCCUUCUAAUCAAGGAUGCAGUUUUCAUAUUCUGGCAGGAAAAGCCCUUUAGCAAACAUUCAUUAACUCUCACCUCUUCACCAACAGUGAUUAAGGGAAGACAGAGGAAUCCUUCAUGAUCAUCCCCAGUUAACUACACUGAGCCUCUGCUUCUGUGCUGUUUUUCAUUCGCUCUCUUUCCUUUAAUAAGCAGCCAGGGUGUCUAUGGGGAUCUUAUUGUCUGAUGCAGUCACUCUCACGGCUUUUCAAAAUAACAUUUACAAGGCUGUGACCUACUGGUGCAUUUAAAGAGCACCAGGGCUGUGAAUCUCCUGUUUCACCAGAGCGUGGCAAAGAAGAAGAUCCGUUUGACCACCAAAAGGGAAAUGUAUCGCAGUGCAGGGAUAAUUUAAUUCAUAACGAAUUAUGCUCUAAAAUGUAUUUUCCUUAGAGCAAGGUAAGAAUAGCAGAGUGCAGUGCUGAAUAAUGAAAUCUGAUGUCUAAAAUGAGGGAAAUGUUUUGUCAACAAGGGCUUCCCUAUGUCAGACACACAAAUGCCUCCGGAGCAGAGUGAGACCAAUGAAUCAUUUAUGAUGGCCGUAAAAAAAAAAAAAAAACAUUUGAGCAGAAAGUCUGGGACUGCUCCCAUCAUCUUGCGUGACCCAGUUCUCGAGGAGAAAUUAAGGGAGAAAGCCGCAGGGGAUCAUCUGCCCCCUUCUCCGGUUCCUGUCUCACAGUUGGGUAAAGCACUUCCCAGAUGCCCCUGGGCUGCUUGGUGAGGGUCCGCCUCAUCCUCAAACUGCCUCUUUCCCAAAGGCAGCACUUAGUCUUUAAAGAAUAGUCUGAUAUUUUAGGAAAAAAAACAUUUAUGGUACUUUCUGGCCAAGAGUUAGAAAUGAAGAUUAAUGCUGCUUUCAGGGAGAUAUUGAAAAAUAAAGUAAAUGUGAAGCUGGAACUAUCAGACAGUUAGCAUGGAGACUGGAACCAAGAGAAAGUUAUAUCUAUAUAUUUAAUCCGUACAAAAGCCAGAGGGUAAAAACUAAAGUUUGAGUUAUGUGCCAGAUUAUUGCGGCCUUCAAAUGGAAUUGUGUUGUUACAGUAAUUUAUAUUUAUAUAAUGAAAAGACGGCUGUGUCUUUUCAUUAUGCCACUGCGUUUCCCACAGUACAUAACUCCUAGAUUAGCUUGAUAAAUUGUUGGCCUCAGUGGCUUCUAGACACCAACAGUUGCCUUGUAGUUUUUUUGCUGCAAUGCUCUCACGACCUGCAGGGCUGAUAUUGUCAUGUUUAAAGGUUAGGUUGGACCCCAGUGCAGGGGGGAGGCGGGAGCAGGAAAUCCGUCAAAAAGGAACAAAAAAGCGGAUAACCCUCAGAUAAGGAAAAAUUCAGUUUACAGUCAAAAUUGAAUGAAUCCAUAAACGGAUUUAUUCCAAAAACAGGUCUGAAGUGGAGAUCAGGUGUGUCUGCAGUCAGUCACCAGGAAACAACGUCCAGUAACACAAGCCUCCUGAUUAGGCCACAGUAAAAACUGGGACAGAGGCCACAGACAUAACAGAUACUACUUGAAAACUGAGCAUUUGUUCUUCACAACUAGCGAGCACGAGCUAAAGGACUCCAUUCGAAGGUCGCAUAAUUCUUGGCUCAGGGACAAGUUAUUGGUGUCUAGAGUUACUUAGUUGUAUUAGAGGGUGCCUGUGCACAGAUUUUGUGAGCUUUGUGCUCUCUAGAUUGACACGAUAUAUGAAAGGUUGGUGCUUCAGCACGUAAUGCACGUUGCACUGCUACAAGGUCCAAGUGUGAAUUUGUAGCUUCAUAUCUUCGGUUUUCAUUGAAAAUGACCUUCAGCCACGGUUUCUCUUUCACUAGCAGUCUAAACACAACAUUAGACAGAGCCAGGGUAUUACUACGGUACUACACUGGUGCCAAGUAGAGCUUUAAGAUGCAGAUCUACCCACUUGUUGGCCGUGUCAAAAAAAUCUGGAACUAUUGGUUGUUGUUGUUGUUUAGCUGUGCCCCUGAAGGCUGACCCAAGAACCAGGAUUAAUUAUUCGUGCCUCUCUCUUGUUAAUGUGUUUUCUUUCCAUGUUCGCGAAUUUUGCGUUGGAUUAUACUUUUCCGAAUGAAUCCAACCUUCCAGCCGAUUGGUAUUUGACAUAUCCUCAACAUCAGCAUAGAGGAGGGACGCGCUAUAGGCUUGUUGGAGGGAUGCAUGCAAACAUGCUGCCUUAGCCUCCUCGGUUGAAUGUCUUUAAUCCUUCAGUGUACUCAGAAGGAAAUCUACACAAGGACAACAGUGCGCUGCCGUCAGUUGUUUCCCCUCUAUGAUAGGCUAAGCUAAUGGGCAGCUGGAUCUGGCAUACGUUCAUGGAAAUGGUAACAGUCUUCUCAUUUAACUAACAACAAGAAAGCAGAUAAAAGCAGUUUCUGGAAUGUUGAACCGUUUCUUUAAGAAAAAUGUAAGAAAAGAUUAAAGACUUUAAAAAUA